AUGUUCAUUUCUCUUUGGAGACUGUUUGAUUCAGUUUAAUCCAAUCAGUUACAGUCAGAUGAAGUUUUCAUAAAUGAAAUGAGGGGAAUCAUAAUCCCCAGUCGCAUUAUUUGCCUCCUUUGGUUUUUCUCUGCACCCCAUCAACUUUUUUACCAUCUCUAUUGGAUUUGGAUCUGUAACUUGUCUGUGCUCUGUGCUUCAGGUAACUACAGCUGCCUCAUUAUGCCUCAGUGAUCCCCGCCCUCUUCUCCAUCACCCCUCCUUCCACCUCUGGGCCCGUCCCUCCUCCCUCCCCCCCUUUAACUCCCGUCGCUCCCACAUUCAGCCUCCCUACAUCCAAAGGGUUUGUACCAGGAAGCGCGUCGGACAGUCGGAUGCUUUGCUGGAAUGCCUGGGAGAGAGACCAGCCUUUUUGUCCGUUUCUGAGAAAGAGAGAGAGAGAGAGAGAGAGAGGGCCAGUGGGGAGGAGGAGAAGAGGAGGAGGAGGCGGGGUGGCGAUAGAGAGAAACAGACAUGGCUACUAAAGAGAUCACUGCCACUGGGUUCGUCAGUGUGAACAAGGAAAUCACAGAAAGUAUCAGGAAGAUUAUUGACAAGUCAUCUAUCAAGUUUAUUUGCGGCAUUAAGCUUGACACCAAAAACAGCAAAACAGAGGACAGAAUACUGGUUCUCACAACGUGGCGUCUCUAUUUCCUGGCGCCAAAGAUUCCCGCUAAGGUAGAAACUACAUUCAACUUCUUGGAGAUUCGGUCUUUGAAUUCCCAGCCUGACCACCAGGUUGUCAUCGACACUGACAAGUCCAGCCACUCUCUGAAGUUUGAGUCUCGGGACCAUCUUAAUCAUGUGGUCAGCCAUAUCAAUUACGCUCUGUCCCGAAUAUUCAACAACUCCAUUUUUGCCCCCUCCAUCUGCCACUCAGACAGUGACCUUUCUGAGGGAAGCAGGAAGUAUUCACCCAGCUCAGAGACCUCAGUGGAAACCCAAAGGGCCUGUGGAGGCUUCUCAGAGACCUACGCUGCUCUGUGCGACUAUAAUGGCAUCAGCUGCAAGGAGGAAGUGCAGUGGGAUGUGGACACCAUCUAUCACUCCCAGGACAACCGAGAAUUUAACCUGCUGGACUUCAGCCACCUGGAGAGCAGGGAUUUGGCAGUGAUUGUGGCUUCAAUGGCGUACAAUACCUGGUUCACUAAGCUGUACUGCAAAGACUUGCGCAUUGGGUCAGAGGUCACAGAGCAGGUUCUGCACACUGUCAGCAAAUCCUCCAGCCUAGAAGAGAUUACUCUGGAGAACGCUGGUUUAAAAUCAGAUUUUCCACAAAAGAUGUCAGCUGCUCUGUCAGAAAACCCUGCCGCUGUCAUACAUUCGCUCAACUUGGCCCACAACUCUCUGGACAAUCAAGGUGUUUCCAACCUAAUCCAGCAGGUUUGUCGCCUCAGCAAAGGACUUCGUCUCCUCAACCUCUCCAAGACCUCACUCACCUCCAAAGGAGUGGCGUCUCUCUCUCAGGCUCUCUGCUCCAGCGAUGAGUACUCCAACUCUCUCCUGCACCUGGACCUAAGCAAAAACCCAGGGGUCCUGUCGGGAGAGGAUGCCUCGAACUUGUAUCUCUUUUUGUCUCAGCCCAACUGCCUGGUCCAUUUGGAUCUGUCAGGCACAGAUUGCUGUGUGGACUCUCUAUUUGGGGCUCUUCUGAGGGGGUGUUGUGCUGAUCUCUCCUUUCUGAACCUUUCCAAAAAUUCCUUCUCCCACAGAAAAGUGAAGGACACACUGCCGCUGUUCCGUCAGUUCUUCAGCUCAGCCUUCAGCCUCACUCAUGUCAGCCUAGCCUCUAUGAAGCUGCCCCCUGAUGUUCUAAGGGCUCUGCUAACAGGGUUAACCUCCAAUCCUCAUAUCAAUGACCUUCAUCUGGACAUUAGCGGCUGUGAGCUAAGAUCUGCAGGAGCUGCUGUAAUCCAAGAACUGUUCCCCAGAGUCUCCUCUAUUGCUACUCUGGAUAUCUCAGACAAUGGUCUUGAUGCAGACUUGCUCAUGGUACUGCCGGCCCUCUCCAGACACCCCUCUCUCAAACACCUUCAUCUGGGCAAAAACUUUAACAUCAAAAACAGGGUUCUGGAUGAAGUCCUGCAGAAGUUGGUUCAGCUCAUACAGGAGGAGGAAUGUGCCCUGCAGUCUCUGUCCCUGUCUGACUCGCGCCUGCGUUCUCGGGGCACGGUGCUGGUCAACGCUCUGGGCAGCAAUACCUGCCUGAGAAAAGUGGACCUGAGCGGGAACAACAUGGAUGACAUUGGUGCCAAAAUGUUGAGCAAAGCCCUGCAGAUUAACACCACACUCAGGAGUGUGACAUGGGAUCGUAACAACACCUCCGCAACUGGAUUUCUUGAUGUGGCCCGAGCACUUGAACAUAAUUUCACCUUGCAGUACAUGCCUCUACCCCUAAGUGACAUCAGCCAGGCUUAUCGCAGCGCCCCAGAGAGGACAGAGCAGGCUCUGACCAAGAUUCAACGUGCUCUGGUCAGGAACAACCAGACUCAACGCUUUUCUCAGAGGCAGGCUCUCCGUCUGCACCAAGGCCUGGUUACAAGCACAGCUGAACAGGUGAUGGAGCGCCUCUGCGUGCGUGUCCAGCAGCAGGUGUGUUUGUUACGAGGAGUCGGUGAGAUGGAGGAGAUUCAAGCUGCUAAACAAGUGCUAAAAGAGGCCAGGAACUCCCGCGCUCUCUACCCUUCGCUGUGUGAGCUGGCUCAUGUGCUGUCUGUGGACGGGCCGGUGAGGCAGAGACUGGAUUCUCUGGCAGGUGAACUUGCCAAAGCUGCAGACAAGGAGCUGCAGGUGAUUGUUGACUCAAUGGUGGCUCUGUGUCGCGAGCUUUGUCCUUUAUCGUCUUCUGCAGCGGAGAGAUUGAGUCCUCCGCUCUCAUCUGUCUCUGAGCGGGUGUCUAUCCCUCGCUCUGCUAUUCGCACAGCCCUGAUGGAAAGAGCAGCCCAGGACAUUCACAGAGCACUGGAGGAAGUAAAGCUGUCAGUUGUUUCCUAUCUCACCAACUCCAUCGUGGACCAAAUCCUACAGGAACUCUACACCACCCAUAAAAGCCUUACCCGGCAGGUUUCUCACCUGAAACGCUGGGAGGGGACAGGUGAAGAAGGAACAAGCUGGAGAUUCAACCGACACCGGGACUCUCUGGACAUCACAGAUGAGGAGCUGGGCACCAGCAUAGAUACAAUAGCCAUUAAGAAGCGCAGCUCGAGAACAAGACGGAUACGACCUGUCUCCACCAGGCUGAGCUUGUGUGAUGACUCCAGUUCCUCUCCACCCCCAUCGGUGCCGUCGUACUCCUCACCACUAUCCCGCUCGGCCUCCUGGGAGGGUUUGUCAGAGUUACCUACACAGGGUUUACCUCUCCAUCAUGUGACGCGGGUUCGGCCAAGGCCUCCACGAAGACACAAAGGAGGACACGUCCCUGCUGAGACGCACUGCAGUGAAAAUGGAGGUGUAAGCCCUCUUGAUGACGGACUCCCAGAUUUCUAUACUAAAAGAGUCCUCCCUGAUAGUCAGCUCUCCUCUCUGCACAAAGCUCACUCACUGAGGAGGAAGAAGAGGCGAAACAUGCUGGCUAUCUUUGGGUUCCGCAAAAAUCGUACCCAAAAUGUGUCCAGUCAAGGGCCGGAUUCUGAAGCAGAGGUUUAUGGAGACGGGUGUCACACGGUUGCCACGGCACCCACAGGAACCGCAACAGAGAAUGUAUACACGCUCCUUCAGCCGCCCAGGACUGCUGUCAGAGCUGGGUCUCCAGGUGAUGCGGCGGAUGGUAAAGGUACUCUUGUUUUGAGUCCGCCACCAGUGCCGGGCCUUCCUCAUCCAGGAGCAGGAGGAAGCAAACACCCCUUUUAUUCCCCCAGAGAGAAACCUGAAGUGGAUGCUGUGUUUGACCAGCCGGUAGAGUACUGGGCAGAUGACAAACAGAGGACAACAGAGGUGCUACAAGCAGAAAAGCAAUGGAUGGAAGGGAGGCAGAGUGACCAACACAGUGACAAACAUGUAGACAGACAGUGGUUUGAUGACAGGAUACAAGAAAGUUUUGGAGAGCCAAAAACAACAGACAGACAAACGGAUCGAUACCGGACAGAGAGACAUCCAGACAGACACAUGGACCGACAGUGGACUGUUGACAGACAUACCCAACGGCAGAUUGACAGAAAGAUGGAAAGACAGUAUGGGAUUGGCGGCAGGCAGAUAGAUCGGUCAUGGUCAGAGAACAGACCAUCGGACAUCCAGGUGGACCAUCCGUGGACGGAAAGUAGACAUCCAGGUAGAAAGCCAGACAGACAAGUUCAAGCACUUCAUUUGGCUCAAAGACCACUGCCUCCAUAUCCAUCAGACCGGACACCUUCGCCAAAACAGGAAUCAGAUCCCCCGAAAAUUACAGAGACUGCCACUACGGACCGGCAUCAGAGUCAGCAAGACACGCAGGGAGAAAAACCCAUGUGCCCCAGCGCUGCUGGAGGUUUUACUGAGGGAUGGCGGAGCGGUGCAGGAGGCGGGGUUUCUGCCAGCCGAGCUGCUCCCUCAGCUGCUAAACCUGAUCCCCCACCCCAGAGCAGUAAACCUAACCUUUCCAAACUGAAGCCAAGACACCGCCUGGAGAGCUCAGACACUACACCAGGUGCAGAAGAAGAUGGAGAAACAGAGAAGGAUCUUGGAAAGAUUGAAAAGAAAGAGAGAGAGAGAAGAAAGGAUUCAGAGAGUCAACCUCCUCCAAUUCCAGAGAAGCCAAAGACAUCUGCGUAUGUGACUUUCCCUAAAGAAUCAGUCAAUGAGAGGAACUUACCUCCUCCUCCAGUGCCACCUCCUGUUCACAAACCUGUGCAUGGAUUACCAGACAGAGCUGCAAGCCAAGGUGAGGAGGGACUGAGACCUCAGGCACCGGUGAAACCACAGAGGAGCAGAAAGGCAAUGUCCUGUGACACAGGCACUGACAGGGAAAGCCCUAAUAACGUUGAGAAGCCCCCAAAUCGAAAACCCCCUGUGAAAAAACCUAGACUACCCCAAAACAGAAAUAAAUCACUGGAUCUGUCUGACAGUAUCAAUUCAGCACCUGGUCACAGCGAACUGUUGUGAUGCCGCAGAUAUUCACCUGCCGCUGUCCGGCUGAUGUGUUGCCAUGGCAGCCGUGAGCAUUUCAGGUGAAAACAAAGAAAACGGAUGAGGAAGCCAGAAGAGAUGGAGUCUAACAGUGCAACAUGACACACAACCUGAAGCAUCAGUCACUCGCUUUUGUUGAGUCACCUCCUUUAAUGUGUUGCUCACUUCCCUCCGUUCACCCCGACUGUGUUUUCUGUCUAUGCUUUUUCUCUUACGUGAAAUCCGGCUGAACUCUUUUGUGGCUACAGUAUUUGAACAGUAUUUGCUACUUUAGAAAACCCAAAUGAUCAUUGUCUUUUGUGUUGUUGGACGCAGCCAAGUGCUGGGGCCUUGUGGCUUUGCUAGACAGAAGAAAAAAAACAGUAUUUAUUAGAAUGUGAUUUCGAAUCCUGCAAUGCAUUUUUGACUGCUGAUAUAGUUGAUUGCCUUGAUUGACACUUGAAAAUGAGUUGCUUCUUAUCAAAUGAAAUUUGAUUAUUUAUAUCUAGUUUUGCUUUCAGGAACUGAAAGGUAAUAUAUUUUCUAGAAAAAAAUAAAUAUUAUGUAUGAGCACCCUCUCUGUAUGAAUAAAACCCUAAUGGAAAGCAACCUUUGAA